AUAUAGACAGAGUUUAUCCAUUACACCUUGGCGACGGCGCGGUAUUUACAAAUGGCGGAUUUUUAAACUUUAUUGAUAAAAUCUUUCAACUAGUUAAAUAAUGUGAUUUAAAUGCAAAAAUUCUCAGUAGCCCAGUGUGGCAUUAGUUACGUGGUGGAAGAAAAAAAUGUUUAAGUACAGGUCGUCAUGACAAAAAAGGUACGACACUGGCGUGGUAAAGCUAGAACCACAGCCAGUGUCAUAAAGACUGUCAAUAAAGACACCUUUGCUAGUGCAAUCUGUCCAACGAAUCUUGAAGACCAGAAGAAACGUUUUCUCACGCUUGGCAAAACGCCAGAGUUUCAACAUCGCGGUACGGAGGAAGAGCUUGAAGAAAUUUAUUCUAAACCACGGUCAGAGAUAAGAUUUGAAUUACUUGGAGAGGCCUUGCACAUAUUAAAAACAGUGAAAGAAAAAUAUGGAGAUGCGGAGAAUUAUUAUCGGGAAAUGUAUGGAGAAAGAGUUACUAAAGAAGAAGCGACUGAUAUUAUUGUGGAUUACCUGAAGGAAAAUCAUCUUGACGGUCAAAUGGCAAUAAUUUGGUGUACAGAUCUUCCUUGCAGUGGUCGCAUGAUGUGGCAGGGGCCUCAUGUGAAGUACCGCCGUCCAGAGGCCAGGAAGUAUUCUAUGUGGAUAAAAGACUCACCAGAUAAUCAUUUUAUUAGGGAGAGAGGGAUACGAUGUUUAUCUGAUCAUGAGAUAGGCACGCAUUUUUUUCGUUCAUAUAAUGAUGGUUUGCAGCCCUGGUUUGCUGAACGUACUAGAUUUGGUAUACGAGGGCUAUCAGGUUUAGAACAACUACGCACAGAAGAAGGUCUUGCCGCAGUGAAUACUAUAUUAAACGCUCAUUGUAGAUAUCUAUGGGGUCCUGCAUUAUUAUACUAUAUUGCAUGUAAAGCUACAGAAAUGACUUUCAAGCAGUUAUUUGAACACCUAGCUAAAUAUGUUGAGAAUCCGGAGUGGCGCUGGCGUCAUUGUGUGCGAGUUAAACGAGGACUUCUCAAUCCUAAUGAUAUUGGAGGAUACGGCAAGGAUCAAUGUUAUUUUGAAGGUGCUGUUGAAAUUCUCAGAAAUGUUGAUAGCAUUGACUUCAGAGUGCUUAUGAGUGGUAAAAUAUGCUAUGAUGAAAUACCUCGCGUAAAAAAGCUGGCACGUUUAAACUGUAUACAGAUGCCAGCGUUCAUGAGGAACCAGGAAAAGUACAAGAAGAGUCUCAAACAAAUUGCUCACAUGAAUGGCUUGCAUUUAGAGCAUGCUAAAUACAAGGCACCUAUGGCCUAUAUACGGAGGUUAAAGCGCGGUAGAAGAAUAGGAGUGGCCGGGGGAACCAAAAAGGUGAGAAAGAAAGGGAGAAAGGGCAGUUUGUGUACCACUAAGGGUUUAGGGAAUGGUGUGAAUGAAAGCACAAGUGGGCAGGGGGGUUCAGAUAAUGAUAAUGAUGAUGAUGAUGAUGAUGAUGUUGGGUCUGAGUUUGAAGAAGAAGGAUUCUUCUUUAAGAAUUAUAAAGCCUCUGAGAAUAGGGAAAGUUCAGGUGGCGAUAUUUUUUAUGAGACUAUGAAAAAGCAAUUAGAUAAUAUGGAUAAGGAAAAUGAAGGAAAUGAAAAGUUCAGCAUUGACUAUUACAAAGCUCUCGGAACAGAUUCAGAAAAAUCAAAAGAAGAGAAAGUGAAAGAGGAACAGAAUAAAGAAAGUAAAAUAGAAAAUACAAAACCAGAUGUGCCAAAACGAAAUAUAGACUGGGAGAAGGAUUGUGUGCAGACCUCAUAUCGAUGUGUGAGUCGAGCUUCUGUCCAGUCGGUGCUUAGUUUGCCAUCAAGUUCGCUCAACUCUAGGAGUAGAAAUCCUAGUUCUGGUCUCGGAAGUAAUAUAAGUUUACGCCCUUUAUCUAGCAGUGCUAUCGGACUAGCAAGAAUUCCUUCUACACCUUUGACUGAACUAGAUGUCAAAACACAGGCAAGUUCCGAAAAUCAACAAAACGCCCCAAAUUACACUCCCUCUGAAAGUUUUUCACAAUCGUCACAGUCACAGACUUCAAACUCUUUACAUUCUUCUUUUUCUUUACAAAAGCACAUUGAAAGUGAUUCUGAAUUUCAGAAUAAUCAAGUAUGCACAAAGUCACGAUUUAUGAAUCAAGCACAGCCUCCUCUGAGUCCUAUUAAAAAAGAUUCAGAUGGGUUUAUCUAUCCUGAUUUACUAACAGAGGACAUGGUAAAAAUACAAUCAGGGAUACAGUCUUUUGAUAUUAAUUCAACAGGAACGGGUACCAGUUCUUACAGUGCCAACAGUCAGGUAAAACUCCUCGAUAGAAGAGUAAAAUCUGCCGCUAAUAUUCUGCCAAAAUUUACUGUGUGAUAUAGCCAAAUGCUUAAGAUUUAAAUAACAUUUUAAUUGCUGAGAAUUGUCAAAUAUAACACAGCCGUCUUAUAGAAUAGAUCAUUUUGUUUAUCUUAAACCUUUUUACUGCUUAAAAAGUAGAAUAACCCAGCUGGUUAUUGUAUUUGUAAUUCUUCAGUAAAAUGCAUGUCUUUAAUAAACAGCAAAAUUUAA